AUGGUAUAUUUUCAAGCAGAAGAAAAGUUACCUCCGUAAAGUUAAGUUAAAGUAUAAAAGGAAAAUACAUCUUAAAACAGUGAGAAGUAAUUAAAUUAAGAUACGAAAAAAACUAGAAGAUAAAAAUUAAUUGGAUAUACAAAAUGGCAGAGAAGAUUUAGAGAAAAAGAUUAAUUUAAAGAAGAGUAUGAUAUACCUGAUGGAGAUAUAUUAAAUGGAAGAGAACUUUAUGUUAAAAGUUGUUGUGCUACUUGUCAUAGUGUUGAUGAUGAAUAUAAUAAUGCCUUACCAUUAGAAGUAUUAUAUAGAUUUAAAGGAAUGUUUGUUAAAUCUAAAUACGCCUAGUGCAGUUAUCAUUGGAACAGGAAUAGGCUAUAUUCUAUUCUUUGGGACCCAAAUCAAUAUUUUUAGACAGAUUUUUACCUAGAUCCAAUUGAAGAUUCUAAAGAAAGAGCUGAUAUAGCUGAAUAUUUAGUUCAUUUAAAAUACAGUACACAUCCACCUCAAUUUUGGCAUGACAGAUGA